AUGCGCCCUACCCCUCUUCUGUCGCCGACCAGCGAACUCCACUCAAUCCCUUGCGCAUCAGGGCAACCAGAUCCGCUGGGGGGCGCCCAAGAGCUCGCAGCCGCCGCAGAGCUCGGCGCCGCUGAAGCGACGGACAUCACGCGUCGGCUGGCGAUCGUGCUCGAAGCAAUACGGACCGCCGGAUUCCAAGGCUUCGAUGAAACGGCGGCAGCGUACUACACCGCGCAUUUGGACAAAGGGAGCUUCCCGGCCAUGGUACAAUGCGCCAGUCGUGGCCGUCGGUUGAAGACGAUGCUACAGGCCCUGCAGCAAAGUAGCCAGCAGUGGCGGCGGUGGGAGUCGAGAGGGCUCCAGGAGAGUAUUUGCGAAGGUUCAGCAUCCCUCUGCGUGGCGGAGAUGGACCGUUUUAGCGCGCUGGAGUCGCUACUGUCUAUCCACAAGGCGGGCACACUUGGGGAGACGAGAGUCUCAAGCCCGACACCUCUAGAGGAAUCGGGGCUCAUGGAGCAGAUGGAUAACGCACCGGAUUUGAUGCCGUUGCUCUGGUCGCUGCUGACGGAGCUCGCCGGCACGAGGAGCGUGUAUUGCGACAGAGUCGCACGCCUUAUUCUUACGAUCUUGCUCUAUACUAGGAGUCCCCAAUAG